AUGAGAGGAUCAGUUGAAUGCUUAUCGCUUGAUCAGAAAAAAAUCAAGUUGAUCUUCGAUUGCAGUGGUGAAGAGCUACGAGAAACGCGACCGUUGAGCUUUUUGGCUACUGAUGAGGAUGGUCGUAUUUACUCGAAUCUAUCGUGUCAAACCGAUCCUGAUCCGUUGAAUGAAGAUGUGAAAAUUGUUGGUCUCGAUUUGUGGCAAGGAGAAGGAUUGGCGGCAGUGGAACAAAUUGAUAACGUUCGUUAUGCUAUUAUUACUUGCGUAAUCUAA